AUGCCGGCCGACCCUCCGCCUGCGCCCCCGCUGCCGCCCCAGCGCCAGCAGGCGCGCAACGCCUUCACCAGAUUUGUCCAGCAGAGCUUCACCAGCUACGGCUCGCGCCCGCCCAGCGCCGCGCAGGCCCGCCCCGACAGCGCGCGCCCGCCGCUCCAGCCCAGAAUUCCCGGGCUGAGUUCGCUGUCGUCGCAAGAUGCAAGCCACAAGACCGGCCUUGACAUCGGCGCCGUCCACAUCAAUCAGGAGCGGACACAUGCCGUCCUCGCUGGCCGUGAGAUCCUCAAGACGGUCCGCAUCACUGGCACCAAGUGCGCCGAGGAGACCAACCUGCGCGCCGCCAUCAUCAAUUAUGCCUCGCACCACCAGGCCGGCGCCCCCUCCGCGCCAACCAGGCACCGCGACACGCUCGAGAUCCACGAUGUCAAGUGGUCGCAUGGCAGCUACAGCUCCCACAUCGCCACCGCCGCCGCCAAUGGCAAGGUUGUGCUGUACGAUCUCAACCGCACCGGCGUCGAGCUGGCCCAGCUGCACGAGCACCACCGCCAGGUCCACAAGUUGGCCUUCAACCCGCACCAGGGCUACCUGCUGCUGUCCGGCAGCCGUGACGCAACCGCCCGCCUGUGGGACCUGCGCGACAUGAAGAAAGAUGUCAUGUCCUGCCCCAGCCGCGACCGCUACUCGGGCCAGAGCGAGGGCAUCCGCGACAUCAAGUGGUCGCCCACCGACGGCGUCGAGUUUGCCUUUGGCACUGAGAACGGCGUCAUCCAGCGCUGGGACUACCGCAUGAAUCGUGCCCCGAAGCUCAAGAUCAAUGCCCAUGACAAGACGUGCUAUGCCAUUGACUGGCAUCCCGACGGCAAGCACCUGGCCAGCGCAAGCGCAGACCGCUCCGUCCGCAUCUGGGACUUCUCCUCCGACCAGCGCCGCCAGAAGCCUGCCUGGGUCAUCCGCACCCCGUACCCGGUUUUUAACGCGCAGUGGAGGCCGCCCUUCUGGUCUCCGGGUCAAGACCACGGCGUGUGGCAAUGCACGCAGCUUGUAACGGCGUACGAUCGGGACCACCCCACUGCUCCCACGGAUCUGCUGUGGCGUUCUCGUGACCUCCUCUGGACCGUUGGGCGCGAGGGUAUCUUCACCCAGUCAGACGUGCAUUUCGCUCCCAAGGUUGUGGACAGGCGUAACAUGUCUUCCUUUGCCGUCUCCUCCAACGGCGACAUUGGCGCUUUUUCGCAGCAACGUGUCCGCCGCCGCCCUUCGGCAGGAUACGACUCGGACGAAACCUACACCACCGACGGGCGAACGAAACGCGAGCUGUCCGAAAAGAGCAGUCUUCCACGGAGCUCUGCAGAUGACAGCAUCGAUGACAGCUUCCUCAGCUCCUCGUACAAGCGCCACCAUGGGCGAACGUCGAGUAACCGCUCGACCAAGUCGAUCAGCAGCACACCGCCCAGCUCCGACAAUCCUGGCAAGAUGCUGUACCUCAACGAAUCCCUUGCUAAUCAGAAGCACUCGUUCACGCCCGAUCAGGUCGCCCUUCGCGGUGUUGUACCCGGGUCCAUUAAUGUCCCUCUGUUUACCUUUCUUGCCCAGAAGUACAACAUGAUCGCGAUCGAGGAUCCGCCGACGAUCCAAUCAUUUCAAACUAUCCAAAAAGUCUUCGACGCAAAUGCAGAGUACGCCCAGAAAGCUGGCAAUCAUCGAUUGGCGAACUCGUGGAGGGUGGUGGGUCAAACAGUAUCGGAUGCUGUGCAACAACGCGCGACUGCAAAUCACCGGCGGAGACUCGAGCAGCAGCCAGCUACUCCGGCCAAGCCACUUCCGUCAGCAGUGAGCAAGAAUGUAUUGACAGAGAAGAAAGAGCAGGACCUCCUUCCCAUCCCUGUCGCGCGCGCAAUCUACGGCGCGGAUGGGCAGGCCCAGGCUUCAGCCGACAGCUCAUCACAGGUACCAACGCCGAUCGCCCGUGCGAUCAACCCGCCCAAGGCCUCGACGCAUGUGGAACAAGACGCUCUUCCAGACCCCGAGCAGGACGAAGCCUUGACCCUACCACCUUCCCUUGUGGAGAGGUCUAUUCAUAGAGGAGGCCAAGACCGGUCGGAAGCCUCAUCCCGGCGUCAGGCGCGCAGGUCGAGCAUUGCACACCCUUCAUGGGCGCUCUCGACCAACGACCUCGAAGAACGACGGGCUAUGGCGAGCAGCUACAGGGUUCCGCCGCGUAUUCCUCUCAGCUUGGAGCCGUACGGUAGCAGUCCGGCUCUGAAUGGACGCCCUGAGUUCGAUCGACAUAAUUCCGGGGAAAGCUUCGCUAUGUUUUCCGCCUCCACUGAUUCGCAUGGAUUAUCCGUUCCAGGCUCGUUCGCGAGUGGCAGAUCGCCGUCGCACGCGCAGGAUGCGGAGUCGUUGCAGGACCGUUGGGACCACCAAAGCAGUGGGCCAGCCUUCUCGAGCUUCGGUAACGGCGCCACAUCCACGAGUGGGCCAGACCCAUACAUGGAGUCACCGGGUGGCUUUCGUGCUGACGUGCAUAAGGGACCCCCGCCGCGCAUCAAUUUCGAUGACUCGGUACCGGAUCAUGGGAACGUUAGUAGCAGUACAAGCGAGCAAGGACGCAUUGUGCACGAGGCCGUAGCUUCAAGCGUCGCAAACACCAACCCCACUACCAACGUCAUAAGCUCGAGUUCAGAGCAAAGCAAGGCCAUCCAUGACAUUGAGACAUUGCGGAAGCAUAAUCAGCUCAUGCGCAACUCAAGCUCAGAGUCAGAUGCAUUCACAAGCACUCAUGGCAGCUUCUCAGAAGCAUCUGUGAGUAACUUCGACAUCAUGGAAGCAAGCGGCACUAUCGUGCCCGAUGGUCCAGCUGACGCUCCCUCUCCGAAUCUCGCUCGCCCUCCGUCCCUGCUCCAUGAGUCUGUUAGCGCACCUGCUGCAAUUGAGACCCUAGACGCGGACAGUGACGCUCUGAUUCUCGCUGACUUCCUCUCCAAGCACGCAAGCGUGGACAGCGAGCUCAGCGCCCCAUUCGCGCUCGUAGACAUGCUUGGAUGGCUUCUUGACUUCCACACGAACACACUUUCUGAUGCGCAAACCGUCUCAAUCAUGCUUCUGCUUAUCUCCGACUUUCUGCCUCAUACUCACCCUCUCGCAGAUGCCUCUACGUCCACCCUUCUUAACCAAUAUGCAGACCACCUUCACUCUCUCAACAUGUCGCCCGCCCAAAUCCGAGCAAUCCUAAAUUCGCAACUUGCACCGCUCACGCGCACCGGCAUUAACCCGUUGCAAGCCGAAUCAAUAUUGCAAACGUAUCACAUGCAGCUUCUUUCACUUGGGCUUUUCAAUGCUGCUGCUCUUCUGCGACGAGUGGCGUAUCCAACGUAUCCCGCUGUGUACGAGCAAGCACUUCAGGAAACUCAAAUUGGACUUCGAUGCACACAGUGCAAGAGCCCCAUCAACAACCCAGGUGACAAGACACUAUGCGAGAAUUGCAAGGGCCGGCAAGCUCCAUGUCCAGUAUGCUGGAGUGCACUACCACCAACAGACAUAGCACCGCUCGUUGCGCCCAAGAAACGGAGCAAAAGCCGGAGCAGGACCAGAAGUCACCAGCAUAAUGCAAGCGUGAACAGCAUCACGAUCCCCCGGUCCAACGCUAGGCAUAAGGCCGCCAACGGAGGUCGACACAGCCACACGCCCUCGGACGCUUCCCUGCAGAUGUCCCGCACGGCUACAACCACAACAGUUACGACGGCAAACUCCGGCGUCGGCGGACCCUCGCUCAACACAUCUGCCGCAGCGCGUCAUCACGGCGCCGUGACGGAGUCGCCGUCUUUGCCACCUUUGCCACCGGUACUUUACUCCUCCUGCGCCACAUGUGGCCACACCGCCCAUACGAGUUGCCUCCGCGCUUGGCACAUCGACACGAACCUUUCGCUCGGAGCUUGCCCGGUUAGCGGCUGCUUGUGCGAUUGCGUGCGCGGGCCUCUUCGCGACGAAAAACUCGAAGAGAUCAAGCGCCGCAAGGCCGGCGAGGACCGCGGCCGCGUUCGCGACGAUGGCCGCCGAGUCCGGGAUAGUGGCGCCGCCAUGAGAGCGGCAGCUUUGGCCACGCGUGGUGGCGUCGCCGGUGCUGGUGUUGUCGGAGAGAGAACCGCGCCGGGCGGCGAUAAAGGCGGCGCCCCCCUAGGCGGAGGAGGCUUUAGUGGCGUCGGGGGCGCCGCGUUUGGAGCUGCAACAGGGGUCGCAUCAUCGAGGGCAAUGGGCUUGGUGAGGGCGGAGAGUACGAGGAGUGAGAGUCAGAGGGGCAGGGGUGUGGACAGAGAUAUGGGAGGGAGACUGGAGACGAGGGAUGAUAGUAGCGCAGGGAUCACUGCGGGUGGUGGUGGGAGGAGAGUGAGACUUGUGGAGCCCUCCGGUAGGAGUACGUGA